UAGGUUCUCCUGGGACGCGCCCGCAGGGACUCGGCAGCCUGGCGGGUGGCGCUGCAACCUCUGCGCAGGGCCGUGCGUGCGUCCUCCUGCCGCCCAGCACCUGUCGCGCUCACCUGCCCGCACCUGUGGCGCUCGCUCGCAGCCCCCAUCUAUCGCCCGCACCUGCACUCCUGCACCUGCAGCCCUACACCUGCGGACCGGCCCAGCAUGGCGGAUCAAGCGCCCUUCGACACAGACAUCAGCACCCUGACCCGCUUCGUCAUGGAAGAGGGCAGGAAGGCUCGCGGCACUGGCGAGCUGACCCAGCUGCUCAACUCGCUCUGCACCGCGGUCAAAGCCAUCUCCUCCGCGGUGCGCAAGGCGGGCAUCGCGCAUCUCUAUGGCAUUGCUGGCUCCACCAACGUGACAGGUGAUCAGGUCAAGAAGCUGGAUGUCCUCUCCAACGAUCUGGUUAUGAACAUGCUAAAGUCAUCCUUCGCCACCUGUGUUCUUGUGUCCGAAGAAGAUAAACACGCCAUAAUCGUAGAACCUGAGAAAAGGGGUAAAUAUGUGGUCUGCUUUGAUCCCCUUGAUGGCUCUUCCAACAUCGACUGCCUGGUGUCCAUUGGAACCAUUUUUGGCAUCUACAGAAAGAAAUCUACUGAUGAGCCUUCCGAGAAGGAUGCCCUGCAAGCAGGCCGGAGCCUGGUGGCAGCUGGUUAUGCCCUCUAUGGCAGCGCCACCAUGCUGGUUCUCGCCAUGGACAGUGGUGUCAACUGCUUCAUGCUGGACCCGGCCAUCGGGGAAUUCAUUUUGGUGGACAGGAAUGUGAAGAUCAAGAAGAAAGGUAAUAUCUAUAGCCUUAAUGAAGGCUACGCCAAGGACUUUGACCCUGCCAUCACUGAGUACAUCCAGAGGAAGAAGUUUCCUUCAGAUAAUUCAGCUCCCUACGGGGCCCGGUAUGUGGGCUCCAUGGUGGCUGAUGUGCACCGCACUUUGGUCUACGGAGGGAUCUUUCUAUACCCUGCUAACAAGAAAAGCCCCAAUGGGAAGUUGAGACUACUGUAUGAAUGUAACCCAAUGGCCUUUGUCAUGGAGAAGGCAGGGGGACUGGCCACAACAGGCAAAGAAGCUAUAUUAGACAUCGUUCCCACCGAUAUCCACCAGCGAGCGCCAGUCAUCCUGGGGUCCCCUGACGAUGUGAGGGAGUUCCUGGAGAUCUACAAGAAGCACUCUGCCAAAUGAAGAGCUGGUCUUGUCCUCAUCCCAAAGAGUUGCCUCACACAGCACUAACCCAUUCUGACCGUGCAUUCUAUGUUCCUAGCCAGCAGACGAAAUGCACAGAUAUUUUUACCAUCUAAUGCACUCUAAUGCCUGGUGCUACCUAACCCAAAUGCUAUCUCCAUAAUAUCACUGGUGGGAAAGAUAUAUGUUGAGCAGAGGGAGGAGAAAUAAACAUAUUCUUCCUUUAAAAAAA